AAUGGAAGGCCGAAGUGGGAGGAAGAGGAGGGGAAAUGAAAAACGCAAGAACAAGCGUCACCGAAAGAAAAUUCUGGAAGUCCCAAUGAGAAGGUUAACAGAAUCUUGGGCGGCAAGACGAAAAGGAAUUGUCAAGAUUAGUGUUCCAGAACAUUAGAAAAUCGAAAGAGAGGAAUAAAGUUGUAGAGAGAGGAGUUUCAAUGGUGCUGUGGGAGAUAACGCUCGGAACCGCGUAUUUCUUGGGUCUCAAACGAACAUACAGGCUCGCUCUCAGGAUUCAACGCAGGAUCGUAAGCCCUAAGUACCCUAAACUUCGCCAAUUUCUUCACAGACGGACCCGUGGCGUGUUUGAUGUAGCAAUCAAAGUGCAUCGGAACAUUCAAUAUAGGGACAUAGAAGUAGGUAGGAAUUUCGGGAACUUUAUAUUGCGGUGGCUGGAUCGAAUGAAACCAUCGGCGCAGAUUCGUGGUCCACCACCUUCGAAUGGUGUUAGGCCCACAGAAAACAUUGGAAAGCAUGCCGCAGGAGGUAGCAGUUCCAAUCACAAAGGUUCUGGGACGUUGAGGAGGGACUCUGAUAGGAAUUUAUUUACCUCAGCAAGGUCAGUGCCUUAUCCAACAGGUCCGAGAGUGAUGCGACGGCCAAAUCCUCCUGGGAAUACCAUCCAUGGCAGGCACUUUAGCUUUUCUACACCUCAAAUUGUGGCAUCAAAUUAUAGAGUAAAUUUGUCAGGGGGUGUUGUUAGGAAGGACAUUAUGCAGUGGAUGCUGCAUAACUAACCCUUGUGGAAAAUGAUGGUGGUGGCUUACGCGAAUUUGUUGUCUCUUUGUAUUCUGUAUAGUUCAUCAGGCUUCCUUUUGGAUAACCAGCGGUUAGGCGAUUGUUUUUAUUUUUUAGUAAAAGAACUAGUUGUUAAUACAAUGGAUAAUUUUUCUGUUGAAUGAAUAAUGAUAUGGAGAUUGUGCUGUUC